CGGCCACCGCCCUCACCCACGCUGGGUUUACCCCGAGGGCCCCGCGGGCGCCAACGCCGCCACUGCCCGCUCCGCAGCCUGCGCUCCCCAGGCGUCUUCGCGUUUUUCCUGCUCGCCGCGCCUGCGCUACCCAUCAUGGCCGCCAUCUCUCAGGUGCGCCACAACUACCACCCCGACUGUGAGGCCGCCGUCAACAGCCACAUCAGCCUGGAGCUCCGCGCCUCCUACGCGCACCUCUCCGUGGCCUUCUACUUCGACCGCGACGACGUGGCCCUGAAGCACUUCUCCCGCUACUUCCUGCGCCGGUCGCACCAGGAGAGGGAGCACGCGGAGGAGCUGAUGGGCCUGCAGAACCGGCGCGGUGGCCGCAUCUGCCUUGGCGACAUCAGGAAGCCCCACGAGGAUGACUGGGAGGGCGGCCUGCAGGCCAUGACGUGCGCCUUCCACCUGGAGAAGAUCAUCAGCCAGAGCCUCCUGGAGCUGCACGAGCUGGCCACCGACAGGGGCGACGUGCAGCUCUGCCGCUUCCUGGAGAGCCACUGCCUGCCGGAGCCCGUCAAGACCAUGGAGGAGCUGGGUGGCUACCUCACCAACCUGCGCAACAUGGGGGCCCCGGACGCCGGCCUGGCGGAGUACCUCUUUGACAAGCUCACCCUGGGCGGUGGCGGCAGCGGCGAUGGCAAGGAGAACUGA